CGCCUGCGCGGCGGCGAACUACAAGUCCCGGCGGGCAGUGCGCGGCCGCCCACCGUCAGCUGUGCGGCAGGCGAGGAGAGGGGGUUUAAAACAAAAGAGUUGCCGAGCUCUCCAGGUGUGGCUGCUCGCCGCUUUCUGCCGUGGGGUCGGCGAGCCGUGAACCAGUGCAGCCCCGUCCCGCCCGAGCCCCAGACACCCGGGCUGCCCUCCUCCAGCCUGCCGCCGCUGCUACUCUUCAUUUAAUCCUUGAUCUUCUCCGCUCUUCCUUUGUCUGCGGCUGCCUAGGCUGUUGGGUCUCUCCCCUCCCUCCACCCCUCUCCCUCCUCCCUCGGCUGGACUCGUCCCUCUCCCUCUUCCUUCCUCCCGCUUCCUCUUUCCCGUCUCACCUCAUCCUUGCAUUUUCUACUCCCCUUUCUCCUCUCCUUCCCCCUACUGCCUUCUCCUCUCUUCCCUCCUCUUUCUUCUCUUCUCACCCUUGCUUCUCUUCUUUCUCUCCUCCCUUCCUCUUCUCGCUCCUCUUUUCUUAUCUUUCCACCCAAUCCCUUUCAUCCCCUCUCUCCCCCCCCAUCUCUUCCCCCUUUCUCUACUCUCUAUUUUCCCUGCGAGUGGGACUUGGGAGCAAGGGAAAGGGGGUGUUUCCUCCUCACCCCUCCUUUCUACAUCCUCCUCCUCCAUCUCCUUCUGGGGGGAGGAGGAGGAGGUGGGGGUGGAAGCCUGGAGAGAGAGAAGGGUGGAGGGGACAACUCUUUUGCCCCCUCCCCUUCCCCCCACCCGAACAACAGCCCACCAGCCGGGGACGGGGACGCGGGUGGGGUUGGGGGUCUGAGCCAUGCCUAGCUCCGAGCUACUGAUGGAGAGGAACGGGAACGGGAGUGUAGAGCUGGGCAGGAGUGCCCCACUGGAGCUGGACGUGGAGAUGGAGAUGGAGAUGGGGCUGGGCAUGGGCCGGAUGCUGGAGGAGGAGCAGAGGGCUCUGCAGAUCGCCCUUGACCAGCUGUCCAUGUUGGGGCUGGGAGAGGAGCAGGAGGGGCCCGAGCUGCUGGAGGAGGAGGAGGACGACGAGGAGAACCUCAACAACAACAACAACAAUGGGGGCGCUGGCCCGCAGCACCACCGGGACACCUACCUGGCUGCCCUGUAUGAGGGCGGCGAAGGCAAGAAGAAGAGUAACAACACCACGGAGUGCGUGCCCGUGCCCAGCUCCGAGCACGUGGCCGAGAUUGUGGGCAGGCAAGGCUGCAAGAUCAAAGCACUGCGGGCAAAGACCAACACUUACAUCAAGACACCGGUGCGUGGCGAGGAGCCGGUCUUCGUGGUGACGGGCCGACGGGAGGAUGUGGCCAUGGCGCGGCGGGAGAUCAUAUCGGCAGCCGAGCACUUCUCACUGAUCCGCGCCUCGCGCAACAAGGACGGGGCACCGAAUGGCGCCGCACCGCUGCCGCCAAACCUGCCGGGCCAGACCACCAUCCAGGUGCGGGUCCCCUACAGGGUAGUGGGGCUGGUGGUGGGGCCCAAGGGCGCUACCAUCAAGAGGAUCCAGCAGCAGACGCACACCUACAUUGUGACGCCCAGCCGCGACAAGGAGCCCGUCUUCGAGGUCACCGGGAUGCCGGCCAACGUAGACCGGGCCCGCGAGGAGAUCGAGGCGCACAUCGCCACCCGCACCGGCGGCUUAGUGGACCUGGGCGACGACAACGACUUCCACGGCGACGGCCUGGAGCCGGGCCUAGCAGCCGCACGCCCUCACCGGGUCUGGAGCAAGUCAGCGCUAGGGCCGGGCCGCAAGCCCCUCCCCGGCUACCGCGGGGGUGGGCCGGCUCCCACGGACUACUACUACGGCGGCGCCAAACUGGCAGAGCCUCCCCAUCCCCACCACCCUCAGCACCACCCUCCCUCCUUUGCCAACGGAGUGGUCUUCGGCGAGGCCUUCCCGCCCUCCCCCUUUGGUGCUGAGGCCCGGGAGAUGGAGCCUGCAGCCGGUCCCCUCUGGACUCCUCGCCCUGAGCUGGUGGGCCCGUCAUCGGAGACCCGGCGGGGCAGUGCUGGAGGGGGCGGAGGGCUGUCCCACCUCUCACCCACCCUCCCCGAGUCCAGCCUGAUUGCCGGCGGCCACUCGCUGGCCCGUCGGGCUCACAGUGACCCGCUUCAGGGCAACCUGCGGCCGGCGGGUCCCUCCGGCCGACCCCCCUCGCCGGGCGGAGGGGGAGGGGGCAGCCGCCAUCCCAGCAGCCGCGAGUGCCAGGUCUGCUUCGAGAGUGAGGUCACGGCCGCCCUGGUACCCUGUGGUCACAACCUCUUCUGCAUGGAGUGCGCCAAUCGCAUCUGCCAGCGCAGUAACCCGCACUGCCCCGCCUGUCUCAGCUCCGUCACCCAGGCCAUCCGCAUUUUCUCCUGAUUUGCCACCCUGCCCCCACUUCAGUCUCCAUUUCCUUUUCUUUAAUCCGUUUUCCUUUGGUUGUAGGCAUUUGGAUUGGGUCAGGACACAUGGGCGAAGUUGGCUGGGGUGCCCAUGAUGUGCCCACGCUCCCUGUCCCUUUAACUUUCACUUUCCACCUCCCUCAGCCCUCCUCCCUCUUACCCCCUUCCUGCCCAACCGGUGACUGGCGGGCUUGUCCUGCCCCUUGCGCGGGGGUAGUUGGGGAAAAACACUACAAAACCUCGAGGGAAGGAGGUGGUUUCCUGACCAGGUCAUUGAGCGAGGACCCUUCUGUGGGGCACGAAGACCAUUGGGAGGGAUGGGGGUCCUGGGGUUGUCUGGGACAAAGGCUGGAGCAUCUCCCUCCCUCUCCCUUCCCCCGGCCCCCGGCCCUGAUCCACCACUUCCGCACCCUUCGGCCUGAGCAAACCUCAGGCUGCCGAGGCUUGGCUCGUGGGCAGCUGUGGCACUGCCUUGGAAUGGCUCCACUUGGAAAUCGGGGAUUUUCCUGCACGUUGGAGAGAGAGAGAGCUGGGUCAGCUCAGUAGCCAGUGAACAAACCACCAGAGAUCUGUUACCCUUGUUGUCGGUGGACAACAGGACAUCAGAGAGCUGCGACCAGAGAAUUUUCUUGAAAUCCUGACCAUUUUUUUUGGUAAUCAUUAAUUGAAGUCACCUCAGAUCGGGUGACAAGGUGUGGUGUUGUAAGUCCAAUUGAUGAGAGUAACAAGUAUGUUUCUAGAUUCCUGUUAUUGUAUGGUUAUGCCAAUGCUGCUGGGCCCGCAGUGUUUUCAGUCAAACUGUUCUUUCUCUCCCUCUGCCUCCCACUCCCUCUCACUCUUUCCUCUCUUUCCUCCCCCCCUCUCUCUCUCUCUCUCGCUCUUUUUCCAUCCCUCUUUCUCUCUCCUCCCUCUCUCUCCCUCUUGCUUCUCUCUUGCUUUUCUCCUCCCUCCCUUUCUCACUUUUCCUUUCACUCUCACUCACUUUAACCUCCUCGCUUUUUCCCCUCUCUUCUCGCCUGCCCUUUCCCGUCAUUGUUUCACAUUGCCAGGGUCUUUGGCAAUUAAGCCACACAUAUUGUGUGGAGUUGUGUGUGACCUGUAACACCGAUGUCCUUGCAAAUGGAUAGAUUUCCCUUUUGAACAAAUAAGCGCUGAGCAGAGGGAACUGAAGGAAAAUCAUUUUUGUAGAAAGUGUAAGAAUUCAGCCACAGCCUGGUUUUCUUUCCCCAGCCCCUCUGUUCCCACCCAAGCCUUCCAUGAUUUGAUAGCCAUGGAGCUGUUUGAGCUGUGCCUUGUCCCACCAUCUGUAACAACUCUUGGGAUACGGAUGUGGGUGCACUGAGCUUUGGAGAACUGACUCCUGCUGUGGCUCUUCCCAAAGUAAACCCAUUUGUUGGGAAUGUUGGUGGCUGAGGACUGUGUGCUUGUCCAGAGAUGGAGGAGGAGGGAGAGAAUGUCUCUGGUGGAAGUAGGGCGAUUCUCACCUGGGUUCACGCCCUUCUGCCUCGGAUCAGAGACAUGGGUGCUGUGUGAGGAAGGUUCGAACGAGAACUGGUUGUAGUUUGUGGUAUUCAUAGUUCAACAUUUGGAUGAGUUUUACUCUUUCUGUCCACAUUCAAGUUUGGGUUGAUGGAACACCUCUGAGUGGUAAUCCAUAGUUUAAGGAGGGAAAGACAAAGGUUGAUGUGUUCAUGGAAGGAUGUUGCAUUAAUUGAGAUGCAUAGAUACUUCAGUGGGGGUCUGCUAGUUCCCAUCCCCAUCUCCCUCUUGCUCAGCUCCCUGUCGUGGCUAUGGCAUCCCCUACCCUGUGCAGCUGUUUAUUCUGACAGUGUGGCAGACCGUCAGCGCAGCUCAAACAGCGACAGCCCAAGACAAAGGAACUGAAUGAGGCCACUUGGCUUCCCGGGUCACCAUUUCAUCAUGGCUAACUUAUCAUCCCUCCUCACCCCAUUCUUUUAUCUUCUCCCGUGACCUUUAACACCCUGACUACCCAAGAACAUGUUUUACAUAUACUGAACGAACUUGUCCUUCACAGUCAUCUACAGCAAGUAAUUCCAAAAACUCACCACCCUCUGGCUUCAGAAAUUCCUUCUCAUCUCUGUCCUCUGUUCUGAGGCUCUGCGCUCUGCUCCCAGACAUACCACUACAAGGAUACAUCUUCUCCACGUCCACUCUAUCUAGGCCUUUCAUUAUUUGAUAGGUUUUAAUGAGAUCCACCCUCAUUCUUUUAAACUCCAGCAAGUACAGACCCAGAGCCGCCAAAUGUUCAUGUGUUAACCCUUUCAUUCCUAGAAUCAUUCUCAUUAACCUCCUCUGGACCCUCACCAAUGCCAGCACAUCCAUCCUUAGAACCGGGACCCAAAACUGCUCACAAUAGUCUUAAAUGUGCUCUGACCAAUGCCAUUUAAAGCCUUAGCAUCACAUCCUUCCUCUAUAUUCUGGGCUUCUCAAAAUGAAUGUUGGCAUUGUGUUUGCUUCCUUACCACUGACUCAACCUGCAAGUUAACCUUUAGAGAAUUCUGCAUAUAAAGACUUCCAAGUCCCUUUGCACCUCUGAUUUUUGAAUUUUUGCCUGUUUAAAAAAUAGUCUAUACCUUUAUUCCCUCUACCAAAGUGUAUGACAGUACACUUCCCUGCUCUGUGUUCCAUCUGCCACUUUGCCCAUUCUCCCAAUCUGUCCAAGCCCUUCUGCAGACUCCCUGCUUCCUCAGCACUACCUGCCCCUCCACCUAUCUGCUAAUGUGGCAACAAAGCCAUUAAUUCCAUCAUCCAAAUAAUUGACAUACAAUGUAAAAAGAAGCGGCCCCAAUACCGAUCCCUGCAGAAUACCACUUGUCACCGGCAGCCAACCGGAAUAGACCCCCUUUAUUUCAACUCUGCCUCCUGCCAGUCUGCAAAUCUUCUACCAUGUUAGUAUUUUUCAUGUAAUACCAUGGGCUUUUAUCUUCUUAAGCACCCUCAUGUGUGGCACCUUGUCAAAGGCCGUCUGAAAAUCCAGGUAAGCAAUAUCCACUGACUCUACUUUGUCUAUCCUGCCUGUUAUUUCCUCAAAGAAUUCCAACAGAUUUUUCUGGCAAGAUUUCCCCUCGUGGAAACCGUGCUGACAUUGGCCCAUUUUAUCCUGCACCUCCAAGUACCCAGAAACCUCAUCCUCAGUAAUGGACUCUGACAUCUUCCCAACCACUGAAGUCAGGCUAACGGGCCUAUAAUUUCCUUUCUUCUGCCUCCCUCCCUUCUUAAAGAGUCGAGUGACGUUUGCAAAUUUUCCAGUCCUUUGGAACCAUAGCAGAAUCUAGUGAUUCUUGAAAGAUCUUUACUAAUGCCUCCACAAUCUCUUCAGCUGCCUCUUUCAGAACCCUGGGGUUCUGGUGCAGGUAACUUAUCUACCUUCAGACCUUUCUGCUUCUCAGUAAUAGCAACUACACUCAUUUUUGACCCUGACACUCGAAUUUCUGCCAUUCUGCUAGUGUCUUUCACAGUGAAGACUGAGGCAAAAUGUUUAUUCUUUGUCCACCAUUUCUUCGUCUUCUAUAGUGGCCUAUUUAAGAGUGUGGCUUUGGGACGGUGAUGAGGAAGCUUCCAUCUGCCUGUCAAGGCUCACUUGCUUUCGAUCACUUUUGCUGAGCAGUACAGAAGAAUGACUGAGGUUGCUGGGGAAGUUGACGUGUACCCAGCUCCGUCAUCUCACAGCAGUUGGAUGGUACAAUGCUGGUCAAAGCCACAUUGGUCCAUUGGUCUGUGCUGGGGGGGGGCGACAUCUGGUCUUUGCAAAAUUCAAAGAUGGUUGUUCUGUACUUUGGAGAAACUUCUGAAGGAAGGAAAGGAGUUUGAGUGAUGUCGUCCCAGGAAGUGGAACUGGGAUUUCUCCCUAUUGGAUAAAGGGGGGGGGGACAUUAUUGGUCUUAAACUUCCCCACAACUUCCCACUUCCUGCCGAUUCCUGUUCCACUCCCCACAACAGUCUCAACCAGGCUGCCACAGUAAAUGUCUGAGUUUAGGACCUUGAGUGGUUGUCCCCUCUGAGACUGCCCCCACCCCUACCUCCUGCAGUGCCUGAGUGCUCUCCUACCAGGGCUUGUCGGCAGAGGCCUAACGAUACUCCGUUUUGCAUUUAGAUGGCGCCUUUAAUUUGGAAAGUUCUUGUCCUAAUCUGCUUGGUUGAGCGUGUUUUUCAGAGAUGAAGAUUUCAAUCUUUCUCUGUGUCUUUCCAUCUUGCAUUCUCCCUCUCUCCACGCCCCUCUGUGUUCACACCCUGUGUUCUCUCCCCCCUCUCUGCUCUCCCUGCCCCCUCUCUCUGUGUUCUCUCUCACCCAUGCCCCUUGCGUUCUCCCCCACAUUCUGUCCCCCUCCCGCUGCGUUCUCACCACCCCCUGUGCAUUCUGUCCCCACCCUGUGCUUUCUCCCCUCUCUCCGCUUCCCUUCUCCCCUCUCUGCAUUCUUUCUCCUCAACCCCUCUCUUCAUUCUCUUGUUCUCUAUGUUCUCUUCCCCCCCCCCCCCCCCGUGUCUGCAUUGGAAGGAGGGAGUGGGAUUUUCAGGUGACCUUUCGCCAAGGGAGUGGAACAGUAUCAGCAGUAUUGGACCUGGAAAGGGCCUUAUUAAUGUAUGUUUCCCAUUAUAUUUUAUAUUCAGAAUUGUAGGUCAUUUUAUAUUCCUUGUAAACAAAGAGAAAUUAAAGGGGUCUACUCAACAAAAUUUAACUGCUGACAGGAAAAUUUCUAACAAACCGGUAAUUAUGUUGACAAAAAUUUUAGUUCUAGUUUAGUAAAUAUUUUAAUACCAUAUGUUAAAUGUAUUUGUAGGUGAAUUAUUUCAUUAAAAUACUUUAUGAGCAAAGUUUAACAGAAAAACGCAAAAAGUAUAUUUUAUUUUUUACCGAUCAAUGUCAAAAGUUCAAAUACUGAUAUUUGCAAAAAACAAAAUUUUAAAAAUUGAGAGUUUUAUUUUUGUGACUGUUUAAGACGUUUUACGUACCAAAUUGUGUGGUUCAGUUCUGAUGCUUUGAUUUUGCUCUGUGACAAUGUGACAUUUUCCCUCCUGUUUUCUCUGAGAUGUUUACACAUACAUACUUGGGUCAUUGUUUCAAAAACUAAG